AGCUGACGUCAACAGGUAGGACCUUUUUGAAAGGUACGAACGAUAAGAACGUAUGGACACAACAGAGACACAAUUGAGCGUAACUGUAACAAUCUGCUGCUUCAGCAACGAAUUUGUCAAGCUAGAAUUUCAGCUAAUAAUUGAUGGGUGUUCGUUGUUGAAACAAAAAGAGGCUGAUUCGGAUCGGAUCAAACAUGCAAGCAAGUGGAUUUUCCAGCUGGGCAUAAUUCGCAAAUGGCCAUUACGGAAUAGUCUACCGCCGGAUUGCGUCAUACGGACCCAAAGGCGAGAGGCCCCAAGGCAACAUUGUCAAGUGAAGUUGGUGUUGUUUAUCGAGAUUCAAUUGAACUAGUUCCUACGUCCUCCAUAUCAACGUUUUCCCAGAUCCAAUAAAUCAGUGAGUCACGUGUCUAGAUUACCUGGUUGACCCGUCAUUUCAC